UCUUGGUUUCACUUGAAAAAAACGUCAUCUGGGAGAUUGAAACCUUCUGCAGCAUUUCUCCUAUAUUAAGAGUUUAUUCUAUUAAUUAGUGAAUCACGCAAUGCACUUUCAAUUCAUGAAAAUUUCUCAUAAUUUCUGGAAAUGCUAAUGUUUGGAGGGAUCAGUGACAGUGGAAUGCAAAUGGUAAUUUGCAGUGCUAUAGCUUAAUUUCUGGAGUACUGUUAUAUUACUACUCAUCAGGUGAUAUAGCACUCAUGGAUUGUUUGUACUCCUUCAAUGGCCAAUCAACACAAGGCUGUAACUUUGUUUAUCCGGUUAUAACAGACUAAUAGCUGCUUUUGUAUUUCUUUCUGCAGUGAAAGGGGAAUCUGAUUUUAAUCACAUUUGAGGAUUGGGAAUCUGAUUUUAAUCACAUUUGAGGAUGCCAAUUUACUCAUUUGGGUUUUGUUCUAAUCUAUAUCUGAUAACUAUGAUAUAUUGGAUCGUUUAGUUAGUUAAGCGUUUAACAUAAUCACCACAUAGUUCUUAAGAUAAUCUCUGCUGUGAAUCACUAGAAAUAUAGAAAUUUUCUGUUCAUUUGUUCUCCAUUCUUGUAAAGGUGAGAAAACAAAUUUGAUCCUCAAGAAGUGCACUUACUAGGAGGGCUAACACCUCUUGGUUCGUGUUUAUAUAUAUAUAUAUAUAUAUAUAUAUUGCAGCCCUAAAAAUGACACAAAAGCUUCAAAUGGUUUUAGAUUGUUUAACAGUAGGUGUUGCCUUUUAGGCUAGGGUAUCUAGUACCAGCAGGAAAGCUUCCCAUACUUGAUGCAUCAUGUUGUUGUGCACCGCAGGCAAACAAUUUGUGGGAACAAUUGCUCAUACAUGCACUUCUGGAACUCUAUUAUUGCACCUGCAUUUACUUUUCAUCAUUGUUGCCUUUAGGAAGUAUAAGGAGUAAGCCUUAGCAGCUUAUUUUUCUUGUUUUGGAACCUCAUUAACUCAGGCCCAUAGACAUUCACUGUACUUCUAUAUGUCAUCCUAUGUGCAGUAUGAAAUAUAAUUUGCUAAUAAGGUCUGCUUAUCUAGGUAAUGUUGAUUCAUGAACGGCAUAAUAUUUGAAAAACAUUUGCUAAAUUCCUGCUUUGUUCUGUAAUUGUUGCCCUCAGUAUAUCGCUUCAUGCUGGUUCCUAGCCUUUGCCAAAAUUUCAUUUGAAUGAAUGUGACUACUAUGGAAUUGUUUUGGCUUUAGAACUGAUACGAUAAUGAUGGCUUAUCAUGAUAUUAACUUCACUUUGUUAUACAAGAGUUCUUUCCUGUGAUUUUUCCAGAACCCAUUCUUUUGGCAGCUCUUCAGUGGGAAAAUUAUUGUGGGACGAAAUGUCCUUGCAGUAUUCACCAAUGUCAGAAGACUCUGAAGAUUCUAGGUUUUGCGAGACCCCCACAAAUAUUUGCUCAUCCCAGCCUGAUAGUCUGCCCACAAGUCCAGUCUCUCCCUAUAGGUACCAAAGACCAUUUGGUGGAUUCUCUUGUGCUCCUUCUACCAGCUCAUAUCCAGCACAUGGCUGCACUGUCAAUAGCGUCACUUGCUCACAACCUCGCCAACGAGGUUCAGAUUCUGAGGGUCGGUUCCCAUCAUCACCUAGUGAUAUUUGCCACUCAGCUGACUUGAGGAGGGCUGCACUCUUGCGAUCUGUGCAGAUGAGGACACAACCUCUUGGAUCAUCAUCAUUUGAAUUGCCUUUUGGUUCAGGGCAGGAGCCUGUAUCUAAUAUGGAAGCUGAAGAGCGACCAUGCUCAUAUAUGAAGUCCUUGGUUGAUGACAGAGAUUAUCAGAUUGAUGACUGUUCUUCGAUGAGUGCAUCAGAACCUGAAUUUAAUGGUGGAAAAUCAUGCAGAGUGUUGAAUAUGAAUAUAAAAGGGGAUGAAACUGGGAGUUAAACACACAUUGGAUCCACCUAUCAUACUUGCUGACCACAUCUUGUAAGACUUUGCUUUUGCCAUCCGUAACAGAUUUUUUUUGUCCAUUGAAUUCACCCAUAUUUGUGAGUUUUGUAUAAGGUCAUUGUCUUUACUGCAUGGAGAGAAUGCUUGUGCGUUGCAUACCUAGACGGUUUCAUUGACCCAAAAAGGUUAUCCGGAUCUUACCAUACACUGUAGCUUGCUAGUUGGUCAAUCUUGUGAUGUUGAUGAGCUCCGACUAAGUUUAGGUUAGCGAAGUUGUAAUUUGUAAAUAAGCAAUGUAUACUGUUCAGUGUUAUUCUUUUUGUCAUACCCAAGCAUAUGCAAACAGUAGAUUCAGCAGUUGUGUUUUACCUUCUUGUUGUUUCUGUUCGAUCCUUUUUCCCGUCUUUGUAAUAGAAUAGAUUCUAGGUGCCCGUGGAAGAUUCUGUUUUGCCAUUGUGUUUUUAGGGGAAUGAGCACCAAUUUGUUUUA